GUCAAUCGCAAAGUGUAACCGGAGACAGUUGUGGUUUGUUUGCGCGAAUUAAUAAUGUACGUGGGUUCGACGAAGCUGGCAACUUGCUCCUUAACAAGAAUCGUUAUUUUGGUGUUGUAUAUAACCACACUUCAACCUACUUCAUCGCUUGCUACUUUAAAAGCGGAUGGUGUUGAGAAGUACGUGAUAACGAGAAGGGGAAGACAUGAUACUGACGUGUUUAGAGUUCAGUACAAAACUGGCUUCCAAUGCCCUUCAGAUGUUUGUGCUAACACUUCGGCUUUUGAAAACAAUACCACACCAUGUAGCUGUUCGUGUAAGAGGAACACUCCAACCUUUCUCCCGGAAUUAGGCAGUUGUGGUGAUACAGCAAGUAUAAAAAAAUCUCUGUUUGGAAAUUGUUCACAAGCACUUGGUUUGGAAAGUGGAAAAAUCAGUGAUUCUCAACUAAAAGCCUCGCACCAUUUUCUUAGCUUUAAUCCUUCAAAAGGAAGACUGAAUAAUGAGAGAGCCUGGUGCACCAAUAGAAUUGAUGAAUAUUUUGAGAUUGACUUACUGAAGGUCAGGCAUGUAUCAGCACUUGCAACUCAAGGAUACAGAGGAUUUUUCCAUAAUUAUGUUAAAACAUACGAGAUACAGUACAGUUAUGACAGUGUAAAAUGGUUUGCCUACAGGAAGGAUAAAAACGGUGAAAAAAAGAAAUUUACUGGAAAUAGUGAUACAGACAGUGUGAAAUACAACUUCUUCAGAGGGUCUUUUGAAACAAGAUUUCUGAGAAUAUAUCCUAACGAGUAUAACACACCAGGGUACAGAUGUCUCAGAGUUGAAGUAUACGGAUGUAAUGAUAAUGCUGUUUGCUCCCGUUUCUUUGAGUGGGACCUUUUCCUGAAUUCCCUCAACCUGGCAAAUGAAGGACAAGAGAAUAUUGUGCCAGCUAUUGCCUAUGAAAGCUGUCAAGUUGUUCCUGGAAGUGCCGCAUACUACAACUAUCAACUGGAAAACAAGUGGGUGGGGAUAAACGCAGAAAUGUUCAAAAUGGAAAAAACACAAAGCAAUCUAGUCUUCAAGUGGGCAGAUACCACCGAAAAGGACUUCUUGGGAAGAAUUGUGCAAGUAAAGAUCACUUGUAAUUAUUCAGCUCCUGCAUCUAGACCACCUAAAACUGCUUGUCUGGUUUUCAAGACCUCAGGAAAAAUCACUUUGGAUCUAAGCACUAUGCCAAAGACAACACCGUAUAUUUCUCCAGUGACCGCAGUGACUGUUUUUACAGAACCAACAAAAUCUUCCAAGAUGUCUUUAGUGACAGAACCUGUGGGAGGCACUAGUGAUAAAGAUGCAAGAACGAGUGUGAGCAACAGUGGAUCUGGAGUUUUGAUUGGUGUUGCUGUGGCAUGUGCAGUUGUGUUUGCAAUUAUCCUUAUUGUUCUUGUUGUGUUUUGCAAGAGGAGAAAAUUGAAAAAAAGUCAGCAAGGAACAUCGUCAACAGUACAGGAAAACGUGUAUGGAAAUUCACAGUUUGAAAUCCCAGUAAUAACGAAAACGGGAAAGGAUGUCAAACCUUUCAGUGAUCAAGAGAAUCAACCAACUUACCAGGACAUUGUCCAAGACAGUGAACCAAUGUAUGGAGGAACGAUUUACAGCGCACCUGAAGUAAACCGAUAUGACAACCGCGUUUACCAAAGCCUGGACGAAAACGUUUCGCAGACAUCAGGGUACCAAGCCCUGAAGAAAGGACAUCAUGCCACAGGGAAACCAACGGAACAAUCAAGUGCAAUGACAGAGCCUGUCUAUAACUCCCUUGAAAAGCCUGAUAUUGCGCAAGAAAAUGUAGAUGGCUCCCUGUAUAACGUACUUGAAAGGCCCCCUGCAGGUAGGAGCUGUAAGGUGCUCCAAGAGGAAAACCCUUUAUAUAAUGUGUUUGAGGGGCCCGAUCCCAGGCAAGACCAACAGGAACCUCUUUAUAAUGUCCUAGGUAAUGGCCUCGAUACUAAUGGUAGACCCCUCGAAGAUGGUGCAAAUGAUGAAUACUUGUAUAAUGUGCUUGAGAGGCCUGGCCCCAAACAGAACCAACAGGAACCACUCUAUAAUGUCCUAGAUAAUGGCCCUGAUACUGAUCGUGGGCCCUUUGAAAAUGGUGCAAAUAAUGAAAGCCUAUAUAAUGUGCUUGAGGGGCCAGAUUCAGAUGCUGGACCAAAUAGUAGUGAGGCAGAGUAUGCAGCUCCAAGAGAGCCCUGUUCUCCCGGUAGCCGUAACAACCCAUCCUAUGAGCAAACUCUGGAGUUAAAUGUACCUUAUGAACAAAGCAAGGUCAACAACGGGUCAGUGUAUGAGGCCCUGAGAGGCGCUAAUGGCGAUGACAUGUACCAGCCUUUAACAGUAACUUAAGUUGUAAGCUUUAGAGCUUAGCCAAAUAAAUUACAGUGAAUAAAUAUAUUUUAGUACUGUAGAACCUUGCUUACUUGAACCUGAAUGGGAGCCUGGACUGCCCUCCUACUCGUAGUGGUAAAGCCCUACCCCUUGAAGAAACUUGUUUUAGUUUUUUAACUUUCAGGAAACUCGAACUCCCCAAUUUCUCCUUCAAGUUCCAGUAAGGGGAGUUCUACCGUAGUUUACAUAAUUUUUUUCUUUUUAAUGAGAACAAAGAAACUGCAACAAUCAUUGAAAUCAGGCAGACAGUGGAAAAUAUUUGUUAGAACUACCUAGAACUGUUUCAAACCUUCGUAGGGUUUUAAAAAUACUUUGAACGUUUGCUAAGUGCCAAAACUAGAAAUAUUUUGACCAAGUCCUCGCUGGAUUUGUAUUUGUAGUAGAGGGUUUCAAUGGGGUGAUGGCAUUUACGGCGAACAGUUGAGGUUUUCGCCAUAUUACGGCUAACGGUUGACUCAAAAUGGCAUUAAAGAUAAGAAAAAUGUUUUCGUUUAACUUUCGUAACGACUAACGGUCAAAAUUCGACAAUUUUACGCCUAACGGUUAAUUAAAUCUCUUCCUGAUCUAUCGCUUACGGUUAACCCUAGAGAGACCCUUGUAGAGGGUAGAGUUUACAAUUAUUUGGACCAACUAUCACAUACUUUUGUUAAAACACCUUUACUUCUGGCAGUCUACAUGCCAGCCUAUGUUAUCUACUUUUACUACAUAGUAAAUAAAUACCUCUUACUAACCGUG